AUGAGGGGUCUAUCGCUCAGCUGCAUUCUAACAUGCCUUUUGCUCGCCGUCUUCUUGCCCUUUCUCUCUGAAGCCGCGGUGGUGCGGCUUCAGCGCAUCAAGAUCUUCCAGACGCAUGACCUACCCUUCUGGAAGCCAUCCGUGUACUUCCAGUGCGAGGGAGAGCCCAAGCACCAGCUCGACGGUGUCGUGGAAGCAAAUGUGGACUACAAUUUUACUCUGCAUGAGCCCUUCCAGGUGGGUGCUCUGCAGGAGUUCUUCCGGGUGGGUGCUCUUCAAGAGUUCUUUCAGGUGGGGGUACUCUGCAGGAGUUCUUCCAGGUGGGUGCUCUGCAGGAGUUCUUCCAGGUGGGUGCUCUGCAGGAGUUCUUCCAUGUGGGUGCUCUGCAGGAUCUCUUUUCAGGUGGGCACUCUGCAGGAGUUCUUUCAGGUCGGUCCUCGGUGUGAGCCCCAGAGGACGAUGUGUUUGACCGCUUCUCCUUGUAUCACCUGGACUUCGCUCCUGCCCCAUCCGGCCGCCUCACUCAUCAACCUGUGCCUCUUGCCCUGUCUGCAGCCCUUGACGGAGCUCACAGAGGGCCACUGCAAGCAGUGCGGUUUCUACGACGCGGACACGUUGACAGAGGACGAUGCGUUCGACAAGUUUAACCUGUGUCCCCUGGACUUCGCUCCCGCCCCAUCUGGCCGCCUCACUCGCCUCGUGGAGAACGAGCUGAAUGUGACGUUUGUCUGCCCUCAUUGCAACUCUGACAGAACCUCACGGUCCUCUGGAGGUACGUACACUUCCUCUUCAUCUUGUUAG